AUGCCCUCUCCCCCGCUUUCAAUUCUUCAAUCUCUAUCACCCCGUAUAGCCGUCCUCACCUCGGAAGAUGUCAUCCAAUCUUGUGAGGCCAAUGGGUGUCGAGGGCUUGAAGAGCUCCUCCGUCCGUGGGAGGGUGGAACUGAGCGUGUUUCUGUACUGUCAUCCACCUUGACGCCUACUAUACACCCAACGUUCCCUCUGCGUUUCGUCAACUACAACUCGGUGUACCUCAAUCCAGCCAGCUCAGGUCCAAAUCCUGACAUGGUGGUGGAUAUGAUCAGCAGUCUGGUGGGACGGAGGAAACCAGAUGAAGAACAACAUUAUCCACUGACUAAAUCACUACUCCUCUCUUCAAGACCAGUGGCAGUUUACGAAACCUUUCAACACCCCGUCGGCGUACUACUCGCCGUCUCGACCUCCACACCAGAUCCUCUUGGUACGCUAAGCAGGAUGUACCAACAGACAAUGCUACCUCUCACCGGAGCUUCAUGGAUGGACGGAGUCAACGUGAUGAGGUUUUACGUCGCGAUUCAUGAUGUGUCCAGAAUGGGAGAUGAUCUGGCACCGGCACAUGAAUUACUAGCCAAUAUCAAGAGAGCUCAUGGACCACAUUCCACCCUCCUCGUGAUCAAUUCUCUAUCUUCUACCCAAUCAAACCCUCCAUCACCAGACAUCUCAACUCAUCCUACUAUACCCCUCCCUCGACCUUUCGCUCCAGAAGCUGCCAGCCCAUCGGCAAUGUCUCAAGUUUAUGCUUCGGCACUAUCCUCCCUCACCCUAUCCCCAAUGUCAGCCGCGCCCACUUUCAUGAGCAACGGGAAUGCAGACGAAGAUCAACGAAGUCCGAAUCGACCUGCCAGGAGAAAGCUGUAUGCUUCGAGAUUAUCAGCGGAAGACACACAAAGACUGGCUGCGUUGGUAAGAGAAUUGGUUGUGCAAAGUCUGGUACCAUGGAUGGAAGCCAGGGUCAGGGAAUGGAAUGAGGUGUAUCAGUCGAACAGGCGUGGGAUUGCUGGAAGACUAUUCGGAGCUGGACGGAAACUGUUUGGCAGUCGACCCUCCACCCCUUCUGCGAAUAAUAAUCAGGCAGGUUACAAUACUGUCAAGGGCUUUUACUCCGCCAAUGCCAUCGAGGCCAUCUCCAGAAGAUUAGCAGACUUCGCAUUCAUGCUUCGAGACUAUAAAUACGCAUCGGGGAUAUAUGAUUCUCUUCGUCGAGACUAUGCUCAAGAUCGAGCAUGGCGUUAUGCAGCAGCAGCCACCGAAAUGCUUGGUCUCUCUCUCCUUCUUUCCCAUCCAUACUUCUUACCUUCAUCUCCACCAGCAGAGCUUACUAGCCCAUUUACCACUCUCCAACAUACCGACAUAUCUCUCUGGCUUGAACAAGCCGUAGUAGCGUAUCACUCCCACACACCCCCUGCAGAGGUACAGACAGAUGCGUUGCGCGCCACCAUUCUUUACUAUGAAGCUUGGAAGAUGAUCGGUGAAUGGCGGGGUGUGGGGUUGGCUCUGGUGAAGAGUGCUGGGGAAGCGGAUGAGGUACCUAAUGCGGUCAUAAUAGAGGAAGCUGCUAGUGCCGACGUCAAAGGCGGAAAGAGCGAUAAGGGUAAACGAAGAAGAGCAUUCCAUCUGGUCAUGGCCGCUACGAGGUACGAGACUGCGGGAUUGAAAGCUUAUUCACGUCGAUGUUUAGAUAGAGCAUCACACAUAUAUCGAACGGCGCCAUGGACAGCAGCACAGGAUCGGAUCGAGUAUUCCCUAGGCAGGCAGGCGUAUACAUUGGGCGAAAGCGAUGUCGCUGCGGAAUACUUUCUCAGACUUCUCAGGAAAGAAGACACUGGUGUUCCUGGAUCUCAAGGUAUGCUCCUAGAGGAUCUGUCAUUGGCUUAUGAGCAACUCAAAAGUCAUCCUGAACAACUCGCUUCAUCGAAAGACACGCUACAGCUUCCUACCCCUGUCUUUGACCCAAAGAAGACGAGGAUCAUCACGUUGUCCUCUCAGUCCAACCUGGCAGGUCCAAGUAAGCGCUGGGGCGACCUUGAAUCUCAGGCAUUGAACAGCUGGGAUAGAAAAGGUAAACGACCUAUGCGGCUUUUGCCUGACGAGACGAAUGUCAUAGGCAUCGGAGAAACAUGUACGGUCGAAAUGGUCGCUACAAAUCCGUUGAAUGCUCCUCUUAUUAUUUCCGACUUGACGAUCACGACCUCAUCUAUCGACGGCUUGGAGGUCUCCACUCUACCGGAAAUUAUUCUUGAAGCAUAUGAGACGCGCAGUUUGUCGAUAGAUAUCAAAGCCAACACUCCUGUCUCAUUUUCCCUCAAGUCGGUGGAAUUCAUGUUUCAUAGAUUGUUCCCUUGCUCGCAAUCGCUGGAGAGAAAAGGAAGUCGACUGCAUUCGACGAAAGAACAACGACUCACCCCAACUUAUGCGAAAGAUACGAGUUUGCAAGUGAGGGUCGAAGCUGGACGUCCGAGCGUCCAAGCUGACUUUGUCGGUCUACCAGAUGUCAUGUAUGCGGGAGAGGUUCUGCAGGUUGAAUUGAAAAUAAGGAAUACUGGAAGGGAAGUCGUCAGAGAUUUCGGGAUCUUCGUAGGAAAGAGACUAUCGAUCAGACUUGCCGGUGCGUAUGAUCCCAGCUCGGAAAUGACGACGCUAUCGAAUCACAUAUCAAACCCCAAGAUUGUCCCUUUGUGUGAGGAUGAUAUGUCUCCCGACGAGUCGCGGACAAUAUCACUCGUCUUGACCACUUUCGAUGUGGGAAUGAUAGAUGUUCUGGCAUUAUUGGUCUUUGCCAGUGAUUCUGGCGAAUCAGCUCAACGACUUUCGGCGCAAAUGGAAGUUUUACCCAUAAUAUCCGUCACGACGUCCGUCCUGGCUUGUCGGGAUAUUCAGGAUGGUUAUCUGUUGUCUAUUGAAGUGAGCGAUUUUGAUAUUUCUGUCAACCUGCUGACGUUUCAGACGAAUAAUAUCUCUACCUCUGUUAUACAGAUCGAAGAUAUAUCAGCGUUUAGUCCAUAUUGGCGUUCUGCGCCAAAACAGACGUCAGUUACGUUAUAUCCAAAUCAAUCUUCCCACAGCAUACUUCAAGUGACAUCAACGCAGACUACUCUCGACUUACAACAAACAUCCGUCAUCUCCGCUUUAUCUGAUUUAUUACGAGGUAUCUCACCAGAAGAUUUACCUCCUUUACAACAUCCUUCAUUCGUUCCUGUCUCUUCUCCCCCGGAUGAGAUAUCACACCAUCUUAUACAUUCUCGUCGACUAUGGCGACAAAACCAAAUAUCCGUCGAUUUUCCAACUUUAUCCAAAGAUAUCAUUUUACGUUUAUUUCCACUUUGGCAACCACUCGAUCUUGAUCUCAUCAUACAUUACACCAUAACCCCCAACAUUCUCUCCAAUCCGACGACAUCCAUCCAUGAUUCUCCCACACCUUCAUCUUCGAUGACCAUCUCCCCACAUCCCAUUUCGAGAAGAGGUCACAGUAUGAUCCACUGUGUCCCCAUAGCCCCUUCUUUCUCCCUGGUGGAAGAAAUAAGAUCAGAAGUUGAAACAGCUUUAACACUCGGGACUAAACAAUUGAGAACAAUGUACGAAGAAACAUCACGUCAACGUAGACUUUUACUAUCUUCAAUCCUUUCCGGUCCAUUAUCAAUUGAAGAAGAUCCACUUUCUUUUCAUCUUUUAUAUCCCUCUAAAAAUGGUCAGAUAUCACAUGAUUUCUCCCUCGGAUCAUUCUAUCUUCCAAUAACCUUUGUUCUCCAAAACCGAUCACCUGUUCUUUCCUUGAGAUGGGUGUUGAGACUUCCUUCGUCGGACGAAGAGAGAGAAGGGGUAGGUCAUUGGAUAGGAGGGUUGUUGAAAAGAGGUGAGAUACUUCCAGGAGGGGAGGAAAGGGUGGAAGGGAGGAUAUGGUUGGAUAGACCGGGUUGGGUGGGUUUGAAAGGAUGGGAAAUUGAGGUAGAGAGUGGGGUACAAAGUGAGGAAGGUUGGAGGGUAAGGAAGAGUUGGGUGAGAAGUGGUGAGAAAGGUUUAGUGGAAGUUUUGAAUGAGAAAUCGUAG